AUGGGGUCAGAACCGCGUCCGGGAUCACUCAUAUUCAGCUUACCCAGGCGGAGUCACCUCUAUUCACACACACUUGUCACCAACGCUCUCAGGCUUCUCUGGGUUGUAUUGGUGAUAUGGGGCGACCUCGGUGCCUUCUUCUGGAGCUUAUCAGACUGCAGCUGGCCUGAAGUGAAGACUGGAAAUGUGCGACAGUCGCCGCAGACCACACAUGUCUUGCUCGUAGCCGACCCACAAGUCCAGCAUACUCUGCUGUUGUCUCCUGGGAGCUGGUGGGCAAACCCACUGCGGCGCGCCAUGUUCGAGCUGAAUAUGCAAAAGAGUUGGCACGUCACGAUGCGGUUGCGGCCCCAUGUUGUGAUAUUUCUGGGAGAUAUGCUUGCGAAUGGGAAAGCAGCCAGGUCUUUAGAAGAGUAUAGGGAAGCGGCCAACUAUUUCAAGUCGGUUUUUGCAACCGACCCGAGAACAAAGGUGUACUAUGUACCGGGUAAUAAUGAUGUUGGUCUAGGCUCUGUGUCGGCCGUCGCAUCAAAUCUACGUUCAUACUACACAGACUCCUUUGGGCCGCUAAAUCAAAAUAUCGUGAUUUCAAAUCAUACAUUCAUCGCCCUAGAUGCUCCUGCACUUGUAGAUGAGGAUUACCAUCGACAUGGCCAAGGUACAAGUUUUGACAAGUGGAAACCUAUUGAGGGCGGCGCUGUUGAAUUCGUCAAGGAGAUGGCAGUUUACGAUCCGGGAAAUGUUAUUCUACUGAGCCAUAUCCCACUUGCACGUCCGGAGACUGCUGAUUGUGGUCCAUUCAGGGAGAAGGGUGGUAUUAGAAGGAGUGCUGGACCAGGAUAUCAAAGUGCCUUAGGCCGACAAACCACGCGUUUCCUACUGAAAAAUCUUGAACCUCUAGUGGUAUUCAGCGCCGAUAACCGUGACUACUGCGAAUAUACUCACGUUCUUCCGGGCACUCGCGUCGACGGACACAAUCAUAUCAACGCUAUACGUGAAGUAACCGUCAAAUCCUUUUCUAUGUCCGUACAUAUCAGAAGGCCAGGUUUCCAGCUGUUGUCGCUAGUUGACCCCGCCACACUCGCCAAUCCCGAUUUUCAUUCAUUCGCCGACACCCCCUGUCUCCUACCCGACCAAAACAGGCUAUAUACAGGCUUUUAUCUCCCCUGUCUAAUAAUUACUUUACUCGUCCUUAUUGUCCUCAACUUCAGCCGACAUCGAUCAAGAGGGAAGCCACACGCCCUAUCUGUCACCCCGUCGCCUCGCAGCAGCGGGCGAAACAGUCCCAAUCCUGGGUUCGGCCCGGCGUCUCCGUCGUGGAAUGGCCCUUGGUCCCCGUUCUCGCCAGCAAUGCCUGUGAGCCCGCGUACGACGCUACCCUCGUAUCUGCGGACGCCACAUGCGCAGUCUGGCUCUGCGACGCGCUUGGUCGCGUCGUUGCCUGGUACACCGGCGCCAUCAUCCCCUUCGUUUUUGACAGUGCCAAUGCCCUUUUCGGAUAAAGCUGAUGAUGAUUUUGACGAUGACACGAUGUACCCUGCUCAGUAUGCUAUACGGCGUGAGGGCACUGGGCUACUUUUUAGACAUAGGGAGGAUGACGAUGAAUGGUCGCAUGUUGGACAGGGUAGCGAGCGAGACGAUCAUGAACUCCUUUUUCAUGGCGACCAGGAAGCGGGAGCUGGUACCACCCCGCAAUUGCAGUCGAAGUUCAUUUCUGCGCCAGACAAUAACUCGCGAUUACUUGCAACAAAAAAGCGGAAAUAUCAUUGGAGCUAUACCUUUGUUUUCAAAGGCCGAAGACGGAGGAUUUCAAUUGGCCUUCCGUCUUGGAACUCGCUACAUAAUUUCCUGGAUUUUUUCGGGUUUGAGAAUUUGUCAAACUUCGGCACUGGGACUCAUCGCGGUUCUGGAGUUGCGGCUGUGUUGGUGGACAUUUUGAGUGUGUUCUGGCCUGCAGUGGUGACAUGGUUAAUUAUCAACUGGACUAUCCUAUAG